CCAUAUAAAAAUUCCUCCUCUUUCUCUCCGCGGCUAUUUUUCCUCUCUCAAGUGUUCGUUAUUUUUUUCUUUAGUUUUUUUACUUUACCAAAAAAUAUUUCUUUUAUUUUGUAAGUUUUUAAAUCUUGCAAUUGCAAAUAUUACUGAAGCUGAAAUAUCCACUGCGCGGGUAAAGCCCUAGUUAGUUGGAGAUCCCCGCUGAGGCUGAAUCGUGACAUCAUUCUAUCCUCCUCCUCCUUUUCCUCCUCCUCCCAGCGACGGCAAUUUGCUCCCUUAACCCUAACAAAUGCCUUCUUUAUCUUCCCAUAACCUGCGUGGUGCAGCCGCAGCAGUAGUCAGCGGCGGUUUGAACUGAUCAACGGCAAUUGAAUUGAGUUGUGCGAAAGGAGAAAACUUGGGUACAUCAGAGCAUGGAUUUAGAACUGGAAGAUGUGGGCGGCCUGGCCGAGGAGAAGGAACAGCCACAGAGUAGUGGUGAGCGUAAUAAGCACUCUGUGCCUCACUUCCUUAGGAGGGUUUUGAGGGAAGAACUGGGGAAAGAUGAUCAUGAUGAGGUUCAAAGACAUAGACUUUUAGUCUUUGCAAUCCAUGCCGUUAUGCUAGAAUCUGGCUUUCUCGAGGUGACUCGAACCUCGGGCACUGAUGCUUAUACCUUCUCAUUGUCAUACACUCUGCCCGAGCUCAUCGCUGACAAGUUGAAUGAGGUUGAGAGUGUGGUUCUGAAUCUGGAGUUUCCGAGUAUGGGCCGCCAUUGGGUGAAUGGGGGGCUGCAAUCCAAUAGUAUCUGGCCGGUUGUGCGCAAAUUUGCUCCUGCUAUGAUAGACUUAAUGCUCGGUAAUAGCAGCAGCAGUUUGUAUCCUAAAAGUGAAGUUUUUGAAUUCUGGAACGUUGUGAAGGAUCGGUUGGCAUUGCCUCUUUUAAUAGACCUCUGCGAGAUGGCUGAUCUGCCACUCCCGUCCUGUCUCAUGUCCCUUCCGAUGGAGCUGAAGCUUCAGAUUCUGGGUCUUCUUGAUGUCCAGGACCUCCUCCGAAUGGCUCGUGGGAGCAAAGAGUUUCAGUACUUGUCAACACAUAAUGAUUUGUGGAAGCAGAAGUUCCUCAGUGAGUUUGGAGAUGUGAAGGAAAUGCAAGGUGCGUUGAAUAUCGAUUGGAAGGCCUCCUAUAUGAUCAAGUGGAAAUCGGAGAGGGACAGGAUCAGUUCAAGCGGGACAGGUUUACAAGCGGAGAGGCCAGUGACGCGGAGGCAACUUGACCAGCUGCCUCCAUGGGUUUGAGGCAUAUUCAGAUGAGAUCAUGAUUGACUACCGGGGCUACGGCCCCCAUCUUUCAGGCGGCCCCAUACCUUCCCCUUCCCUCGGUUUGUCGCCAUAAUGGUGGACGCGACUGAACUGUAGUCUUGGAGGAUUGAACUGGUAAGUAGUUCUUGAAUUCUCCGAAGAAGGUUUCUUCUUCUUUUUUUAUUUUUAUUUUUAUUUUUUUAAUAUUACAAGGAAGGCCGAUGAGCGUAGUAUAUUGAAACCCGCCAAAGGUAUUUGAGGAGGGCAUCUUGUUGCAGGUUAUGUAUUUUCAAAUUCAAUAGCUUUCGGGUUUUUGAGCCAUUUGGUUUAUCUUUUGGCCAAAGGUAUAAUAGGUUGUAUAGCUAGCUAAUUACUUUCUUCUGAGGGUGUCUCCGUCCGCAACAGUAUUCGCUUUCCUGUAUAAUUCGAGCACAUUUUACUAAUUC